AUGACUGACGUCGUACAGAGUUUCUCUGAGUUUUUUGCAAACCUUGGUUUGCCGACAGUUUUGAUAUUCGUGGUAGUGUUGCUGUUAAGUCUGUGGAUGCUGUCGUUGAGGAAUCCUCGGGUGAACUGGCCGCCCGGACCUCUGUGUUUCCCCGUGGUGGGAUGUCUCCCUCAGCUGAUGAUCAGCGGUAGAAGACGACAACCGACAGAUCUUCUUCCAUGGUACGAUACAUACGGAGAUAUUAUGCACAUCCAACUUGGUGAACAACACAUGAUAAUGCUGGGGUCUUAUGAGCUGAUAGAAGAGGCUUUCGUGAGGAAUGCAGCUACAGUCAGUGAUAGGCCUACCUGGAUAUAUCCUAUAAGACGAUUGGUCGGAAAAGACGGUGCUGGAGUUAUCCUGAAAAAUGGACACGCAUGGAAGGAGCUGAGGAGAUUCACACUCUCGUCUCUUCGAGAUUUCGGCCUUGGGAGAAAAAGUUUACAAGAAAAAAUUCAAGAUGAGGCCAGAUACUUGGUGCAAAAUAUUGAAGAUGAAAAUGGAAAGGCUUUCUCUCCAAGGGUUAGGGUUGCAAAAGCUGUCAGCAACAUUAUUUCUUUUGUAGUGUUUGGAGUUAGAUAUGACUACGAAGACACCCCAGAGAUGUUGUCAGUUUUGGAGGAAUCAGUGAGAAUGAAUAAAGGAGGACCCAUGGCAUUUACCAACUUGGCGCGCUUGUUUUUUCCGGUAAUAUGGAUUUAUUUGCAAUAUCUAGCAUAG